UUACACAAUCAAACCCCCACCUUUUUUUAAUUUAUUUAUUCAGUAAAAUUUAUCUUCCUGUCUCUCUCCUCCGGAUUUCUCUCGUCAUUCAUUCAUUCUUCACACACACAUCACACACAGAGAGAUUAGAAUCAGAUCUGAUUCGGCGUGAUUCUUAAAGAAGAAAGAAUGGCGGUGGUAUCACCCUUGGCCAAAUAUAAGUUAGUUUUUUUGGGCGAUCAAUCCGUCGGUAAAACCAGUAUUAUUACCAGAUUCAUGUAUGAUAAAUUUGAUACUACUUAUCAGGCUACCAUUGGUAUCGAUUUUUUGUCUAAAACGAUGUACCUUGAAGAUAGAACAGUUCGGUUACAGCUUUGGGAUACUGCUGGGCAGGAGAGAUUUAGGAGUCUUAUUCCAAGUUAUAUAAGAGAUUCGUCAGUUGCGGUGAUUGUCUAUGAUGUUGCCAAUCGACAGUCAUUCUUGAACACUUCAAAAUGGGUAGAAGAAGUACGUACUGAGCGAGGCAGUGAUGUGAUUAUAGUCCUUGUUGGGAACAAAACUGAUCUUGUGGACAAAAGGCAAGUGUCGAUUGAAGAAGGAGACGCCAAAGCUCGUGAACAUGGAGUCAUGUUUGUAGAAACCAGUGCAAAAGCUGGAUUUAACAUAAAGCCUUUAUUCCGAAAGAUUGCUGCUGCAUUGCCAGGGAUGGAGACACUUUCCUCCACAAAACAGGAAGACAUGGUCGAUGUGAAUUUGAAACCUUCAUCAAAUACGAACCAGUCAGAUCAGCAAGGCGGAGGCUGUGCAUGCUAGAUUACUUUUAACUUCAAAUAGUCACAUUCCCUUGUACUUAUUGGAUUUUGGAACAUUUUUUUCACCUUUUAUUUCCUAAAAUUGCAAUGUUGUGAUUUAGAAUAAACCUUUGUUCCUUAGGUUUGGAUGUGUUUGUUGGGGGUGAAUCGGUGAUAAAAACAGCGCUGUGUUACCUGAUCAUAUCAUCUUAUAUAGAUCCAAGUUUUUUCUGAAA